CUUUUUUAUCUCUUACUCUCCUAUCUUUUUCAGUUUAUUUUAACGUUAUGGAGCAGAGCGGUCAAACGCAUUCUCAUGAUUCAUCAUCCCAACCUUUUCCGAUUUCGACUUUUUGGACUUUUCAAUAAUCAGCGGCCACUCUUUGUUCAAUUUCCAUGGACGAUUCACAACACCCUUAAGUGCCACAAUUUUUGCUCAGCGUGCUCAAACGAAGCAAUGGUGACUUUGGUGGUGGCGACGACGACGGACCCGGCGUCCUAUGGUCCAGCCACGGCGCUGCUAUCCAUGCCCGGGUGGACUCCCGGGCCAAACCUUGACCCGGGUGUUAGAAGCUUCUCUAACCAGCACCUCAGAUUGCUUCAGCAUGACAAGAGAAUUGUUGAAGAGGACGACUUGGAUCUUCGCUGGAAUAAGGUUUUUGGCGAAUCUGUAGACGAGGUCAUCUUCCUCAGUAAACACACCGCUGUCUCUAACCGCCCUGCCCUCACUAUUCACCCAAUCGGAGUGCCCCAUUUGAAGGAAGGUGAUGUUCCGCCACAAGGAGGCCGGCCUGGGUGGGCCGCCCCGCCCAAUCCAAGAAUGGGUCCUUGGCUGAUUCUCUUGAAGAAGAUUGCUCAUGACCAUAAUCUCCUUCCUGAGUUUGAGAUUACUUUGGAGGCUACUCAUCAUGGACCCAUCACUACCAAGCCAACAAUGUUCAUUGAGAUAGGGAGCACAGAGGAGUACUGGAAGAGGGAAGAUGCUGCUCAAGUUGUUGCUUUACUAAUUUGGGAAGGACUUGGCCUGGGAGGAGGUACUGCCAUUGGGACUUGGAACAGCAGGCGGACAGAAAAGAACAAAGUUCUGCUUGGACUUGGUGGAGGACACUACGUUCCCAGGCAUAUGGACAUCAUCCAGAAAGAUGGUGGUUGGGUUGGUCAUCUAUUGUCUGGAUAUUCUUUGCCGAUGGAAGAUCCAGGACAGAGAAAAGUGAAAGCAGAAGACAUUGGAGGAACAUGGCGACAAGCAAUUAAAGCAGCCUAUGAUGCCACCAAAGAAGCUUUUCCUGAUGGCAAAAUUAUGGCACAUCUUGAUCAGAAGAGCUUCAAGGGCUGGCAGAAGAACGCCAUUACAGAAUAUUUGGCCUCACAACACAUUGAAGUUGGCAAGCCAAGUGACUUCUGUUGAUCUAUGAACCAUUAGGGAGAUUUCGUUACGAUCAUACAUUGUUUAGAUUAAAUGUGAUGGUUCACUGUUAUAUGACAGAAGGUAUAUACGCAUUUUCACUUAGACACUCCUAAGGCUUGAUUAUUUUGAGGAGUUUGGAGUGGGAGGGCAGUAUAUAUUUUUGUUCAACUAAUUUAUCUUUAUUUGCUAAUCUUAGACUAUAGCUACUCGUAUAUGUGUUGUUAAAUAAUGUCUUUGUAAUUGAUUAUUCAUCUUUCUUUUCUUUCUAACCAUAUAAAUGUAAGAAUAAGUUUAAAAAAAUCACCCAUUCCCCCUUCUGAGAUUCCC